AGCUGUAACUCUACUGAAACCACAUUACAGCAGAAGAACGAAGGACAUCAGCACUGGAUCCAUCAAUGAGCAUCACAGAUGUCAUCGUGAAGGAUUUUUGAAGAAACCGUGUGGGAAUUAGUGGAGAGAACUACAAGUUAGAUCAUGUUUUUGUGUUUUGAGGACAACUGUCAUGUGUAAAUACUUUGAUGCAGGAAGACAACUAAACAUAAAACAGUUACUAUAAAAGAGAAACUACUUCCGGGAGUCAACUUCUAUUUGUCUGAAAUGGUUUAUUGAGAUAGACCACAUGCUCAAAAUGAAUGCAUUUUCAUCGGACAACUCUACUGACUUCACUCAACAGAGCACAGAUGGAACUCAAGCAGAAAGGAGUCCACGUAAAGCUCUUGUCCAUGGCCUGCUUUGUAAAGUGUGUUCUGAUGCAAGCAGCGGUAAACACUAUGGAAUAUACGCCUGCAAUGGCUGCAGCGGCUUCUUCAAGCGUAGCGUGAGACGAAGACUCAUCUACAGGUGUCAGGCUGGAACUGGCAGGUGUCCUGUUGACAAGGCUCAUCGUAACCAGUGUCAAGCCUGUCGACUAAAGAAGUGUCUCCAAGCUGGCAUGAACAAAGAUGCUGUGCAGAAUGAGAGGCAGCCUCGAAGCACAGCUCAUGUCAGUCUGGACUCUAUAGACAUGGACAGUAAAAAGGAGCACUUGGCCACCACACAGGAGCUCACCUCCUCUGAUUCCUACUCAUCGCUCAUCUGCAGACCUCUGGUCACUUCAUCUGUCACCGCUUUGGCCACCAUGCAAACCUGCGGCAACCCAAGUAACAACCACCGCUUUAUGGUCAGCCUUCUGACUGCAGAGACCUGUGCAAAACUGGAGCCUGAAGAUGUGGAGGAAAACAUUGACGUGACAACAAAUGACUCAGAGAGGGAUCAGACUCCCUUUGACAGUCGCAUGUCCCCAUACACCUCCAGCUGUUCAGAGAGUGUAUAUGAGACAUCGGCACGACUCCUCUUCAUGUCAGUCAAGUGGGCUAAAAAUUUGCCUCUCUUUGCUCACUUGCCAUUUCGAGACCAGGUGAUUCUUCUUGAAGAAGCAUGGAGUGAGAUGUUCCUCCUCUGUGCCAUUCAGUGGUCACUACCUAUGGACAGCUGUCCUCUUCUGUCUCUGCCAGAUCUUUCUCCCACACAGACGGCCAAGACCAGCCUUCCCACAGCCGACCUGCAGAACCUGGAGGAUGUCUUCAGCCGCUUCAAAGCCCUCGCUGUUGAUCCUACUGAGUUUGCCUGCCUGAAGGCCAUUGUGCUCUUCAAGCCAGAGGUCCGCAGCCUCAAAGACCCGGAGCAGGUUGAGAAUCUGCAGGACCAGUCACAGGUGCUGUUGGGUCAACACAUCCACUCAGUCUACCCCAACCAGAGUGCCAGGUUUGGGAGACUGUUACUUCUGCUGCCAUCCCUCCACUUCGUGAGUUCAGAGAAAAUAGAGCAGCUGUUCUUUCACCGGACCAUUGGCAGCACACCCAUGGAGAAACUGCUGUGUGACAUGUUCAAAAACUGAACAAGAACAGAAGCUUCCCUCAAGCAACAUGUUUUCUAUUUUUCUCGUAUAUUAUAGUCUGCUUAUAACCUGUCUCAUAUUCAACAUGAAAGGUGUUUGUUUAAUGCAAAGACAUGUUGAAAUGUUCCUGUAGGCAAAGCACAGAUAUAAAUUAUGAAAUUUUAUAGAACUAUAAUAAAAUAAAAUACAAUUUCUUCUUUUUUACAUUUUUGUUAACUACAACCUUACCUAAUCAUUUUGUACAGCAUAGGUAUUGAGUGGAGAACCGCUUUUUUUUUUUUUGUAAAAAAAAUCCACAGUAUGUGAGGACUGUUACCGUAUAUGUGUGAAUGUGCCCUGAAUAAAUUUGGAAAUUUUGUA